UGGAACGCUGCAAAUGGCGCCAAAAUCAUCAGCGAAGCAGCUGACUGUCGACACGGUAGAUUUUCAGUUUCUCGUAAGAAACAUCAUGCUUUUGAAAUAACAAUUGGAGUUGGAAGUUGGAGUCUUGGAGAUACACUCUUAUUUGAAAAAGAAGGAGAUCUCAUUACAGCUCUCAGUGUCGAAUGGUUAACUUGCUAACCUUCGAGAACUCGCAGCAUUAAUAGGGAUCUCGAAGAAAAUAAAACGUUCUAUGAGAACGUGCAUAUGGAAAAAUUGUCAAAAUGAACAUCGAUAAACUUCUUAAGAAGAAGCAACAUGCCAAACAUAACAACAAUUUGCGCCAAUUGGCCGAGAUCACAAACACUCUGGGGGACACGUACUUUGAGAGGAAUCGGCCGAAAGAGGCUCUGCGAGAGUACAUGGAGCAGCUGAGGUGCUGUGAGGAACUACAGGACAAGCUAAGCUGUGCAAUUGCACAUAGAAUGAUCGGGGAGGUUUAUGCGAGCAUGGGAAACUACGAGCAGGCGCUGACACAUCAAAAUUUACACCUGGAAGGCGCCAAGGAGAUGAAGAACUCGAUAGAGGAGCAGCGCGCAUUUGCCACCCUGGGCAGAACUCAUUUCUGCUCAGCCGAGAGUCUAACUGGUAAGAAACGCAACGAGGCCUUGGAGAACGCGAAAAAGGCUUAUACACAGAGUAUGGAACUGUGCGACAAACUGACUACCGAGAUCAAACUAGAAGAGAAAACACUGAUGCGAGCGAGAUUGCUUCUCAAUCUGGGACUAACACUGGAGGCUCAGGGGGAGACACGACAGGCGAUCAGUUUGAUCGAGCAGGCGACUGCCUUGUGCGUGUCCAACAACUUCCAAGAGGAUCUGCAUAGAACGUGCAUCUCCCUGGCGACCAUAUACGAGCGGCAGAACGAUCUUGAGCUAGCAUUAAGCUACAUCGAGACCGCAGCCACCGUGAACGACGUAUGCCUAAAAGCUGAGGCAAAGCUGACGAAGGCUGAACUGUUUAUGCGAACCGGUCAGUGGAUCAAGACGCGCGAAAUACUGGUCUCCCUGUAUAGAAGCAGCGGCUUACCGAAAGAUGUUAAUCAGCAGGUGGAAAAGUACUUGAGAAUUAUCGUAACUAUAUGUCGAGCGGAAAACAGUCUUCUUGACGAGCCUGAUGUUCAGUCCAAGCAAAAGUUAUACGAGACUUUGGGCGACGCGGCGGUUGCCGUGCGGUGCUUCGACAAGGGUGUCGAAUAUUAUCGACACAUGUUGACCUGCGCGGAGGAGACAGGCGAGCAAAUAGGUAUCUCCUUGAUAAGUCUGGCUCAAACGCUUAAGGAUGCUGGACGAUGCAAAGAGGCGUUGCCCUUUGCGCAGAGCGAACUGGACCUCUGCAUCAGUCCUCGAGAGAGAUGCAGAUCGGCGCUGUUUCUGGCGGAUCUACUAGCAGCGACAGACGCCGCUGAUACGGAAAUCCGGCGGUAUUACAUCUUAGCGCUAAGCUCGGCAAACGAAAGCGAUGUCAAGUUACAAAGAUCCGUUGCAAGAGAACUCGUUAAUUAUCUCGAGAGCAUAGGCCAGUUCGACGAGGCAGAGACUACGAGACAGAAAGCAGGAUUAACAGAAGCAUCGAAUGAUACGGAGAGCGAAGUGUCGUCCGAUGAGGAGAGCGAUGCGAUUGGCGCGGAUAUCUGCCUGGAGGAUCUGUCCGAUCUGGAGGAAGCCGAAGAGAGUGACGUCAAGGCGACAGUUACCAGCACCAGGAAAAGAAGGAGAAGAGGAACGGCGGUGAUUACGAGGAACGCAAAGGGCGAGACGGACCUGCACGUGGCGUGUAUCAACGGUAAUAUCGCCGCGGUCGAGAGGCUUCUGUCGUCCGGUCACUCGACCAACGUCAGGGACAACUUGGGCUGGACACCGCUUCACGAGGCUGCCAAUUUCGGUCACGUGGAGAUCGCAGAGCUGCUGCUAAAGUACGGCGCGGAAAUCAACGAUCCGGGCGGCAUAUCCUGCUACGGCAUGACGCCGUUGCACGACGCUGCGUCCUGCGGACACUCCUCGAUGAUAGAGCUCUUGAUGCGGCACGGGGCGGACGUGACGCGCACGACCCGCAGCGGCGACACGGUGCUGGAUUGCCUGGAGGAUUGGAGGGAACGCGUAAAUCUGAGCCCCGAGGAUUUGGUCGAGUACGACGCGAUCCGUAAAAAACUCUUAGCUGUUAUACCGGCGAGAAAGAGAAGGAAAAGGUUCAGCGACGACGCUUCGACACUGGACAAGAAGUCCGCGUCGUCGUUCGAGACAGAACCUGAGGUAUCUGCCGGCGAAGAUUACAAAAGAACGAUAGCGAGAUUGCGAUCGUUCAAUAAAAAUUCAACAAAAAACACCGUUAAAGCAUUUAAGGCCAGCAAUAAUGAUACGCCCUUAGUGAGUGAGGAACAAGUUCUCGUCGACGAUUGGCUUGAAGAUGAUAUUGGGAUUACGACGACGAAGAAAAAGUCUACAAGUCAAACUAAUCAAAACAAAUCAAGCAGUCAUCAUGCCGCCACGAUCAAACGAAAGUCUUCCGAGGGAAAUCUGGAGAACAUCGCUAAGAAAUUGAAGCUGAACGACGCGCGUCGAAGCAAGGACGAUUUUAGCACGAGCGAGAACAGCGACGAGGAUUCCGCCGAAAUUUGUCAAUACGAAGGACCUAAAAGAACUAGAAGAAAACGACAGACGUCUUUGAUCUCGAAUGGAUUUACUGUGUCUCGUUCGCCAUCCCCGGUGCCUUAUUUGCAACCGCAGUUGCCGCAUACGACAGUAAGCUCGAAACAGCACGACAAGGAAUACGUACAUUUACGUAUGUCUGUUAAGGAAGAAGUGUUCGAUCUAAAGAUGGCAAUUUGCGAAGACGAGAGAGAUUUCAUAACAUGCAUUAUCAGUACCACCGAACGCAUGUUCCAUGACGAAACCGGCUGUACAAUUAAGUUGCAGUUGCAGUCGAUGAACGGGACUGCCAUAACGAAGGAAGGUAUCCUGAAAAACGCGAGAGAAAAUGCAAACGACGCGACGAAAUUGGAAUGCGAGGUAGUCGAGCUGCAGGUUCCGUCCAUCGUCGAGCGAUACAAAACCAUCUGUUGUAGUCGCAAUUUGAUCCCCUGCGAGAUCGUGUUAAAAUGCUUGAGAUCUUGCGAGAACACCUCGAUAUUUCGUGUAAAAGCUGAUGAUAUUGACGAUAAGCAAUUGCUUAUACCGUUAUUAAAAACUUUAGAAUACGAAAAAAGUAUUAAGCUACUACAGUUAUCGGGUACCGUAUUGCUAACAGCAGGAACACACUUGCAUCGAUGUCUCUCGAAUCUUACGUCUUUGCAGGAACUCUACUUAAAAGGCUGUGAUAUUGACUUCGCCUGUUUGCGCCAAGUAAACUCAUUGCCACCUCAGUUAAGAGUCCUGGAUCUGAGUUACAAUCCGUUGGGUGCCGAGGGUCGCGAUACCCUUCGGAAGCUAAUCGCGCCCUUGAGAUACUUGCAAACCCUUAACUUGCGUUACUGCAUGCUCGAGGACUUUCAUCUUCCACUUGACAAUCCCAAUCUGACGAGCUGCGAUAUUUCAUGGAACAAAUUAAAUCGCGACGCGACGGCCUCUUUCCUGAGUAGGCAACUAUUCGAUUUGAAUUUAUCUAAUAUUCUGCCUUCCAACCGUUCCGUCUUGAGUCUGGAUACGAUGACUCUCUCACCCAGUUUGGAAUCGCUGGACCUUUCGUUCUGCGACGUGACGGACUUUGAUGUAAAAAUCAUCCUAAAGCAAUUGCCUAGACUAUUAAAAUUAAUACUCAGUGGGAAUACAAAUGUAUCUGUAUUAUCUGUAAACGCGUUGCUAAGUCGUCAACCUACGUUAAAUUAUAUCGAUGUUAGUGGUUGUAAAAAUAUCGCAAGCCAUCCAGAAGCAAAGUUAUUUAUACAAAAUCCUGAAAUUUGUACGCUACUGGCUAGUAUAGAGCCUAAUUUAUGUAAUUCGUGGAUUAAAUUAUGGCGAGGUGCGGGCAUUAUAACGAAAUUACCUCAUAAUUUAGCGAUUUUUAAACCAGUAUAAUAUUUUCUAAGGAAAAUAUUUUAUAUAUAUAAUUCUGAUUCACAAUUAUUUUUAAAAAUAUCUUACGAAUAUGUAGAUAUACUUCUAGAACAAAGUUCAUAUUUCAUGAUACAUGUAAUAUACCCAAAAAUCAAUACUAUUACAAUUUGUAAAUUAUUAAUAAAUUCACAUAUUUGUUAUAAUAA